AUGCAAUUCAAGGCGCUCGCUACUCUCCUUUUCGCCGCUCUGGCAGUGGCCAAUCCCGCUCCCGCCCCUCAGGCUGCCGGUGAUCUGGAUCUGCUUGCCUCCGUUCCCAGCUCCGUCCUCAGCGUCCUGAUGACCGCUAUUCCACCCUCUGUCAUUCAGGCUUUUGCCAAUCCUACCGAGGCUUCUAGCAUCAUCAACCAGAUCGAGCAAGGACAGACACCGGGCUGGUACGCCAGCCUGCCCUCCGACGUCAAGGCCUGGGCUUCUUCCGCUGCCAUGGCUGAGAUCGCCGCUGUUACUGCUACCCCCACCGCCAGCGGUAGCUCUGCUGCUACCGCUACCGGUGCUACUGCCACUGCCACCGCCACUUCUUCCUCUUCGGGAACUACUUCCUCCACCAAGAACACUGCCUCGAGCUCUGCCGGCGCUUCCGCUUCCUCGACCUCGACCUCGACCUCGACCUCGUCUCACAACGCUGCUGCCACCGGCGCCGUGGCCGUCAGCUUUGCCGGUGCUGCUGGUGUGCUGGCUGUCGCCCUUGCCCUGUAA